GCGGCGGCGGGCGCGCUCCCUGCGGCCCCGGGAUGACUUCUCGGGGUUGCCCUCUGGGCCCCCUGCUGCUGCUCUCGCUGCACGGUGUUGCAGUGUCUCUGGAAGUAUCAGAGAGUCCUGGGAGUAUCCAGGUGGCCCGGGGUCAGACUGCAGUCCUGCCCUGCACUUUCUCUACCAGUGCUGCCCUUAUUAACCUCAAUGUCAUUUGGAUGGUCAUUCCUCUCUCGAAUGCUAACCAACCUGAGCAGGUCAUUCUGUAUCAGGGUGGACAGAUGUUUGACGGUGCCCCCCGGUUCCAUGGUAGGGUAGGAUUUACAGGCACCAUGCCAGCCACCAACGUCUCUAUCUUCAUUAACAACACUCAGCUCUCAGAUACAGGCACCUACCAGUGUUUAGUCAACAACCUUCCUGACCGAGGGGGGAGGAACAUUGGGGUCACUGGCCUCACAGUGCUAGUUCCCCCUUCUGCCCCACACUGCCAAAUCCAAGGAUCCCAGGAUAUCGGCAGCGAUGUCAUCCUGCUGUGUAGCUCAGAGGAAGGCAUUCCUCGGCCGACUUACCUCUGGGAGAAGUUGGAUAACACACUCAAGCUACCUCCAACAGCCACUCAGGACCAGGUGCAGGGAACAGUCACCAUCCGGAACAUUAGCACUUUGUCUUCAGGUUUGUACCAGUGUGUGGCCUCUAAUGCCAUUGGAACCAGCACCUGUCUUUUGGAUCUUCAGGUCAUUUCCCCCCAUCCCAGAAGCAUUGGACUAAUAGCUGGAGCCGUUGGCACUGGUGCUGUUGUUAUCAUUAUUUGCAUUGCACUAAUACUGGGAGCAUUCUUUUACUGGAGAAGCAAAAACAAAGAGGAGGAGGAAGAAGAAAUUCCUAAUGAAAUAAGAGAGGAUGACCUUCCACCUAAGUGCUCUUCAGCCAAAGCCUUUCACACAGAGAUCUCCUCGUCAGAGAACAACACACUGACUUCUUCCAACACCUACAACAGUCGAUACUGGAACAACAAUCCAGAAGCUCACAGAAAUCCAGGCUCUCUCAGACACUUGAGGGACUUGCGCCAGUCUUCCUCGCUCCACUCAGGCAGUGUCCAUAUCCCGUCCAUCUAUGCCAACGGGAACCCUCUGGUCCCGGGUCCACAUAAGACUCUGGUAGUGACAGCCAGCCGAGGGCCAUCGCCCCAAGUGGUACCCCGGAGCAACGGCUCAGUGUGCAGGAAGCCCCAGCCUCAGCACACACACUCCUACACCAUCAGCCAGGCCACACUUGAGCGGAUAGGUGCAGUACCUGUCAUGGUGCCAGCCCAGAGCCGGGCAGGGUCCCUGGUAUAGGACAGACAUACUAGUUGCUGCGAGAACAUGCAAAGGUUCCCUAUGAGUGGCUAGGUGGGAUGGGUGAGGGCUGGAAAGACCCUCCUUGCCAAGGUUUACCUGGCCACGGUCCUGUGUGAUGGGACUUCAUGCUCUGUGAAGCUUCACGAAGUCUUGGUUCCCCUUCACAGGCAUCCUGUGAUUCUGUUCAAAAGCUGCACCUCCAAGAUGUGCCAAGCCAUGGAGAAGACGAAGGAGCAGAAUGUCAAGUGCAAAAAACAAACAAACAAAAAAAACAUGCUGCAGUCCAGAUGGGCCUGAUCUUUAAUUCUUGCCUAACUUAAUAAUUUUCAAGAGACUAAAGUGCCAGAUGGAGUUUAAAUAAUGAGAGCAUCUAAACAAAAGCAUAGAUGUCUUUAGGAAAAAUGGCAAGCCACCCUGUGAUGUGCUGGGUAUCUCCUGUCCCUUAUGAAGAGGGCUUCACCGCAUACAUGGUUUCUACCGGUUCCACCAGAGCUGGCUCUCAUCAUAGAAUCGACACUUUAUACAACAUGUGGUGAGAAAUGGGAGAAAACAAAGGAAACAUCUCUAAGCAGCCCCUCCCUGUUUAUCUCUUCCUGGACCAUGGAUUUCACAUUUGGAAUUUUGCUGUAUUGACAGAUUCUUGCCUGUCUGUGUUAUUCUAGGAUCUGUUGCAGGUCUACAAUUCCCAUUUAUUACUUCUGGAAAAUAUCCUCAGCAAACCAUUGGGUGUAUUUUCUUAAAAAAAAAAAAUAGGGAAGCUUAACCCCACCCUGUUCAGUAAUUGCUAUUAGUCCAGUAGGAGGUCUGUCCCAAAGCAGGCUGUGAAACAGGACAGCGGUGGUCAAUCCUGGGCCUGGCUGGCAGCCAGGAUGGGCUGUCCUGGCUUCCAGGUUAUUCAGUGAGG